AUGUAUGAUUAUAUAACACAAUAUAUAACAAAAGAAGUGGAUAAUUCAUUAAAAUCUAUGUCUGAAAAAUUUUAUCAUCAUGUAUGUGAACAAUUACCGAGUGGCCCAAAAAUAAGGAAACAAAAGGCAUAUCCUUUUUGUUUCCUUACUUUUGGACCACCCCGUAUUUCAAUUAUUAUCAAUAUAUCAUCACAUCAUCGUCUUAUUGCAUUAGUUGAUCGAUUAUAUUCAAUAAAAACUGAAAAUGAACAUUUAAAUUAUUCUACAAAUUUUCUUCUUGAACGUACAACACAUAAUCCAGAUUAUAAUCGUUUCAUAGUUGAAAAUCCACUUGAUAAAUGUAUACUUCAAGAGUUUCCAUUACUAUGUAAUUGGCAUCAACAAUGUCAUACAUAUAUGUCACCAUUAUUUACAUUAUAA